GUCACAACUGCCCCUCCCUGGGGAGGCUUCAUAAAGCAGGCAGGGCAGGUAUCGGCUCAGAUCCCAGGGAGCAGCGCGACGGCACAGGUUCAUAAUGUCUCUCUACCCGUCUCUAGAGGAUCUGAAGGUGGACAGAGCCCUGCAGGCUCAGUCCAACCAGGUAACCCCCAGGAUGGCUCCUGCGGCUCUGACGGCACCGGCGGCCCCCGUCGGACAAGCUCUGUAUCCGAACCUGGCCGAGCUGUCUAAUUACAUGGGUCUGUCUCUGACGGACGAGGAGAUCCUGCUCAAUAUGUCUCUGGUCCCAAGCGGCGAUAAUACGGUCGCGGUCCCUCACGCCAUCGCCGGCGGUCUUGUGGCCCCCGUGACGGGUAAUGACGUCGGCCUGAGACGAGCGGAGAUUAAAUGCGGCAUCCGGGAGGUGAUUCUGUGCAAAGAUGAGAACGGGAAGGUGGGCCUGAGACUGCGAGCUGUGGACAAGGGUAUCUUCGUGCAGCUGGUUCAGGCCAAUUCUCCGGCGUCUCUGGUGGGCUUGAGGUUUGGAGACCAGAUUCUGCAGCUUGACGGACAAAGCUGCGCCGGCUGGACCAGUGACCGGGCGCACAAAGCGUUAAAGAAAGCCGGCCAGGACCGGAUCAGUGUGGUGGUCCGGGACCGCCCCUUCCAGCGCACAGUCACCCUGCAGAAGGACAGCACAGGACACGUGGGGUUCAUUUACAAGAAAGGACAGAUCACGUCGCUGGUGAAAGAUGGAUCCGCGGCCCGAAACGGCCUCCUCACCAACCACUAUCUGUGCGAAAUCAACGGGCAGAACGUCAUCGGACUCAAGGAUCGUCAGGUUGGGGAAAUCCUGGCCAACUGCGGGCGGACGGUGACCGUGACCGUCAUCCCCAGCGUCAUCUACGAGCACAUCGUGAAAAGAAUGUCUACAGGACUCAUAAAAAAUUCAAUGGACCACUCCAUCCCUGAGGUGUGAAGGACCCCUGUGGAUCUGCGUCCAGUCGGGGUCAAAAUCAGGACCCUAUCGUCACUACGCACUUUGAGUUCCUGCACGGGACGGUUAUACACAGGGUCUUUCCUGGGGAGGGCGGGGGCAGUGUCUGUUCCAGGCUGCGCCGGCCAGAAUCAGGACCCCUGGGACCACCUGCCUCGGGAGAUCUCCUGUUAGUCUUUAUCUUUGUUUUUUUCUGUAUACUGAAAUGUCUUUAAUACAGUGUAAAACCUU